CGUUGGACUCAGUUUCGGAGAGCGAUGACAAACAUGUUGUGGAACAACUGACCGUGAUCCUUUCAAGCACCGCAGCAUAGAGGACGUUGUGAGCGUUUACAAUGUGUGGAUCCUGAAUAGCUGCGUUCUGAUGGAAGAAACCCGAUACAUCAAUCAACUUUGAAACAACAUGAAGGCAUCCGGUUGUCAAGUUCCAGUCAGUGAAUGCGCACUGGAUCCAGAUCCAACAACAGGAUGAACUGAGACAUUACGCGCAAGAGGCUGCCACGUGCACGCGCUUUGACCUCUGUGGAAAUCAUUUCCGAGACAACUACUUGGUGCGGUGGAUUUAUCAAUGAAGAAUGUGACCGCGUCUGGCUCUCUCCAGACGGGGUGGAUGAAGCCCACGGCGGUGUCAUGCGUCUUGCCCCGCAGCCAAGCGCGCAACCCUUGCGGCUCACAGUCCUGCUCCUCCUCACCGCGGGGGUGAUCACAUCCCCGGUGCUGUCUUCGGGCUGUCCGGACAGGUGUGUGUGUGAUGACCAGCUGGUGGUUCAAUGCGCUGGGCAGCACCUGACCACCUUUCCGGUCAACUUGCCGCUGGCCACGCGGCAGCUCAUCAUCUCCAACAACCGCAUAGUGGAGCUGCCGCCGCUCGCGCUCAACUACCUCUCCGAUCUGGUUUACCUGGACUGCAGCAACAAUUCCCUUACGGAGAUAUCCGAGUCUACGUUUGGGAAUCUACGGAAGCUUGCCUACCUGGACCUCUCCUUCAACACAUUGAUCCGCAUCGAGGACAGGACGUUCGGCCCCUUGGCGAGCCUGGUGAUGCUGAGGAUGACCGACAACCCGGGGCUCUCGGAGAUUCACCAGGACGCCUUUGCGGAAAACGCGAACCUCCAGGUGCUCGAUGUGAGUCGGAACAACCUGACGGUGGUCAACAUCACCUCCCUGAUCGCGCUGCCCGCCCUGCGCUCGGUGGGGCUCAGCGGGAACCCGUGGAGCUGCGAGUGCGACAACGAGGACCUGUGUCUGUGGGUCCACCUGGAGGGCUUCAAGUUCCAAGAUGAGGGUCAGACAGUGUGCGGCUCACCUGCUGACAUGCAGGGCCGUCGUCUGGGAGAGGUGGGUAUCCAGCUACGGACGUUAUGUCACCAGACUCUGGGCUCCUGGGACUACCUCUUCUUCGUCGUCAUCGGCUUUGUCAUCUUUGCUGCUGGCACCGUGUCGGCCUGGCUGAUGGGCGUUAUUAUGGUGCUCUAUGAGCGUUACAUCAAGAAGAAAGACGAGCAGCUCGACGACGACGAGGAAGAAUCCAGUGAGAUGGGCCGUACCUCGCGGUCCAGGAGUGACCAUGGCAACGGGAAUUUGAAAACCUCACACACUGUUUAAAAUACUGUUUGAUCCCACUCUGCCCAUCACGGAUUUCCACAGUGCCUCCUGUCAACUUCCAGGACUGCCUGUGAAGUCUAAUUACAACCAGUCAAACGGAGUCUGUUUAACAGGCCUAUUUCUGAAACAGAAAAGAGAGGUUUCAACAGAGAUGCACAAUGUCACUCAUUAGUAGUGGGCUUUCAGGUUAUGUAACACACACUCUCGCUGCCAUUGUGGAGGUCCCCAGCCCUUGGGCAUUACUCACCAUGAAUGCAAAUGUAUGACUGUGCUAUAUGGUUUAUUAAUUUGUAUUAUUUGACUGGAAUGAGGUUGUACAGGAUAACUAAGGAGCCUAAAUCAGCCAGGGUUAUCUUGUAAGCAGCUAGCUGGUCUGACCGUAACAGAUUGUUUUACCUAUUAUCCACUCAUUUUAACUUGUGUACUAGUAUCAGUGGUCACAUUAACCAGCUUGAAAAAUAGUUCUACAUUUUGGGAACCAAAUUAAUGAAUUAACAUAUUUUGUUUGUUUCCUUGGCCAGGAGCCCCAAUUUACCGAAGUCACCUGGCAACUGCUCCCAGCCAAGAAAUAGUCAGGCACACAACCCUCCAUAAAAUGGUGAAUUGUCAUUUUUUUCCACUUCAGCGUAUGUAUGCAUUAAACAAACACAUUAUAUGUUUAUUAGUAAGCUUAAGAGGUGCUGGUAGGCACAUUUUGUUACCUUUGGACAGUGCUAGGCUAGCUGGUACCCAGUUUUCAGUUUUUGUGCUAAGCUAAGCUAACUGUUGCAUGCUGUAGCUUCAUAUUUAAAUGACAGAAAUGAAAGUGGUAUCUAUUUUUUCAUCUCAUUUUUUUGCGAGACAGCGAAUAAGAGGAAUUUCCAAACAUGUUCAACUAUUCUUUUAGCACCAUUUGCAUCCAGCUAGGACUAACAAAGGAGCAGAAAUACUCAUCAAAACCCAGCUCAGACCAUCAUAAUUUGGGCUAUUGAGAAACAUAUUAUACAAUCAGUUUGCACCUAUAAUGUUACAAAUUGGAUAGAUACAUCUGCUACUAAAUAAUAUGACCGCCUAUUUCUAGACCCUAAUUGAAAAGCUUUAGUUGCACACAAAAAAAUACCAGUGGGCCUACAUGAUGGCAACCAUCAUAGUAGGAGAAUUGUGCCUCAGCUUCACAGCCUCUACGUGGAAUUUAAAGUGGUGUGGUCAUUCUACUCACAGUUAUGAAAGGAGAGGAUAAAAUACAUUUACUCAAUGCAUUUAUGUCAGCGUAGAUUAAUAAAUGUGUGCACACGCAUGUACACACUAGUGUGUAGCCUACCAUGUAGCUGCACCUUUGUUUGAGCUUUUGCAGAUGUGGACUCCGAUUCUUCUCUGUGCACGUCUGUGCUGCGUUCCGGCUGCAUUAAUAGACUGUUAAUAUGAUAAUUAUGUUUUUCAGUCUAUUGGCCAUACCACACCAGGAGUCUUUUACAGAACAAUCACGUGUGUUUAUUAAGCUAGUAUCUACACAACGCAGACGCGCCUGGUGGAAAACAGGGGUGAGGGUUUCCAUCUUUGCUCCAGUGGAGUGUGGUUUUGUACUGAUAAUUCUCAUCCAUUAGCCCAGAAACAAUCCACAGUCAAGGCAUUUUUUGUUAAAGAUCUGUUAGUGAAGUUGAGAGCCAGCAUGUGCCAACUGCUGAGGUCUGUUUGGCAGUGGGCCCUGCUGGAUGGCACGUAAACAGGAGAAUGUGAUAACGGAUUUCUACUUCAUCCUCUCUUUGUUGGAUAACUAGUGUGAGUGCAGUGUCCUAUAUGUUUCUGCAUGCACUGUUGAUUCACCAAAAAGCCUUAUGAGGUGUGUACAAGCUAAUUCAAUUAAUUAAAAAAGGACACAUGAUUUAAAUACAGUCAGUUAAAGAUCCUAAGUGUAAUAAUUUAAGACACAUUCUAACAAAAAAACAUGCUCCUAAUGUUUUUUUUACACUUUUUAUUUACACCUUCAUUGAGUUAAAUUACAAGGACUUUUCUCCACAUCUGGUGUUUAAAAAUGUACAGUUUUAGAGCAAUAAGACAGCUAAUGAUGUCAGGAAAAACAGGGACCAGAAUCAUUUAAGCCCAGAAUGCUUUAUACAGUGCCAACACCUGGUUUGUUUGAGGUUUUGCCUCCAAAUUGCAACAUCCCAGAUCAUAAAUUUAGCCCAGAAUGACCGCUUAUCAUGUGGCUGUACCACUUCAUUUCCCCUGACAUUGACUGUUAUGAACAUAAGGAGCAGGAAGUAAAUCCCUUGUUGGACUAGGGGAAACCAAUAGCUGCUCCAUUGUGCUGUCUUCUGUGUGUACUGUAUUUGUACGAUAAGUUGUGUCUCUGAAUUAAUAUCUUUGAUUUCAGAACAAAAUUGAACUUUUAAGGGUUCUGAGAAAGAGGCCUUCUCUUGGACCAGCUGUUUUCCCCCUCAUUUUAUGUUGUGCAGAUUUUUACUUUCUACAAGUUUUUAUUAUAAAAGUGUUAAUAAUAUUGAUAUCUUGCAGCAUUGCCAGCAACGUUAAAUAAACCUUUUAUCGCAAAAGGUAUUUGAUGUCACAGUGAGAAAAGCACAGGUGUAGCCAAUAAAAUGAAUGAUGUCAGAAUUCCUUUUACCUGCUAUUUGGCAUGCUGGCUCAAUAUCCUACCAAAUUCAACGGAGCCCUAGCUAAUAUUAUUAUUAACAUCUGUGCUUUUUCUACAACGAUAAGUUACAAUUUCUUUGUUAAAACACCUAUAUUUGGGCAUUUCUUUAACUUUUAGUAAAAAAAGAUAAGAAAAUUAUCUAAGAUAAUUCUCUUAUCUCCUUUAGAAAAACUUUGUCUUGGGCAUUCCAGAGAACAAAAAUGGCGAAACAUUGCACAUAAACACACAAUCAAGAAACCUUUCUUUACAUAUUUAAAUUGCUUUGACCAUAUUAGAGCCAUUUUCAAACGAUUUGUUUUAUUGUAUGAAAAGCAAAGACGUAUAACGUAAAUGAUGACUCCAUUUAGGUGCUCAACUUUCAGGGCCCUGGUCUCAUGCAUCAUUAAUGGUAUUCCACCUGUUCUUUCCGUGCAAUGAAGGGUCAAAAGUUUUGUUUGUAAGGUUUUUCCUGUUGCAGAUGGUGAACAUGUUUUUGUUUUUUUUCUAUUACACCACUGUUAUAAGACAGUCAGGAAUGAAUCAUGUGUGUAUGUCCGUGUGUUUAGUUCAUGAUAUAAGGGAGUGAUCUUGACUCAUGGCAGUAAGCAUAACUAUGCAUGUACCAACCUAAACAUGUACUGGCGUGGCAUACGUAACUGGAUGCCAAAAGUGUCAAUCCAAGAUAGUAAGCCAUGUACCGUACUGUACCUGUAAGGUGCCUACUUAAGCAGAACGAUGAGAUGUUGAAUAUUUGGUUCCUAGUUGCUCUCAUGGCUUUGGGUGUAAUAUUUGCAUGGGUUCCUUCAGUAUAUACAAAAUGCAUUGCAUGUGUGUUGACGUCUGUGUAGUAAACUCUUAUCUAUAUCUACAUACAAAACAUGCAAAUAUGGGUUAGUUUUAACUGUGAGGGUGUAUUACAUUCCGCUAAGCAAGCUGAUUAGGCCAUGUGAUGCCAGAAGCGAGGAUGAGGGUGGGGCCUGGAAAUAGGAUAGCUGGUUGCCCUAAAACAGGUCAGCACAGUGACGCAGAAGGAAUGACAAGUAGCAAACAUGUACAUAAUUGCUGUGCUUGUGUAACACCUGGCUCUGAAAACUCUUAUCAUUGACAUAUUUUUCUCUAUAUGGGCAUUUGGAAGCACUGUAAAGCAGCUGAAUAUGCUUAGUUUCAAUAAUAUAAUGCACUAAACGGAUGAACUGAAUUUCAAUAGUUUACACCUCCACGUUGCAAACCCGGACCAUAUUUAGGCACAUGUAUGCAUGUGGUCAGACAUGCAACAGUUCUGCCUCCAUCAUCGACUCCAACACAAAUCACCUCUGAGUACAAUGUACUGUGUAAAAGCUUCGAAAGAGUGCUCAGCUCUCACUAACGGUACAUUACUGACACCAACUAGAACAGCACAUUCCCAGAUCAUUAUAACUACAUCAUCUCAAACUUCAAAGACCUAUUUGUUUUGGGAAACACACUUGUUGGCUUUCUUGCUGAGACUAGGAUUAGAGGUUCGACCCCUUUAAUGUUUAACCUGUUUGCUUAGCUUAGCAUGAAGCCUGGAAGCAAAAGGAAACAACUAACAGUUGACCAACUGCAAUUCUUUUGCAU